GCGGCAAUAAAACGACCAGCAAACGGGCCAAGGAAAGGCCCAGGCCAGCCGGCCAACCCGCAGAAAAUAAUGUCUGCACGCAUUUGCCUGCCACUCAGUGCGCUCCUGCCCGUCAUGUGGGCCAGCCAGGCGGGCGUUUUCUCCACAUUCCACAUGCCCGCUGAUGUUUACCCACAGACGGCUGCACCAGCCCGCGCUGCAGCGAGCGAGGAUAUAAUCAACGCGCGACAUCCGACACAUGGCCUAGCACCGAUUGCGCGUCCCUCGCAAAGUUUGACCCGACCACCACCCCCGUCGCCCUCGUCUGGUGAGGAUUCUCCUGAUAACGAUGGUUCGGGAGCUGCCCCAUGUCUGCCCUUCCUUGAUAAGAGCCGCACCUGUCGUGUCGAUGAUCCCGCCGAGAGGUCGCCUCAAGUGCCCAAGGCUCGUCCAACACCAACAUAUCCAUUGCGCACCCAGCGAAACAGUGGAAAGGCACCCACGGCGCUCCUAGGCGAAUGCACGAAGAGCAGCGUCACGAUGACUAGUGUGCAUAUCGUGACUCUUUUCAUUGACCGUUCGGCGUGGAAUUCCCUCGUACUGCCCGCACCACUGCCCCCUGCUCCCUUGCUGUGGGGCGGGUACCUCGGCCCGCAAAUUUCGGCAUUGAGCUACUUCAGCUUUACCCGGCACGAGUUUGUCGCCCCAGGAGCAGCCCCACACUGGAAUUCGACUCCUGGAGAAGCCACGUCGGAGCGGAGGGCGCUGACGCCAAAGUCGUGA